CCAACUGAACUCUGGACCUCUGGAGAGGUUUUCUCCCUGAGCCUCUAGACUUCCUCACUUUGAGAGUCCCAUGUGCAAUAGUCCAGUGGGUUGCAGUCUGUGGUGGCCACGGAUCCUAUUUAUGCAAACUUGCCUCUAAGUGCUGUGUUCUACAGCUUGUACAAGACGUUCUGACAUCCUGUUGGAAUAUGAAGUUGUUUCAUGGAAAUCUGCCAGUGAUGGAUUUAUUUUCCCAUCAGUGCUUAAAACCAGAAGGACUGAAGAGACAUGUCUCUCUAUGAGGACCAUGAGACACCACGGUGAGCUCUGUUCCUGUGUUUUUAUCAGGCUGGAACCCUUUUACCUUUAAAUCCUCGUCCGUCUUCCCUUCUUUGUUUCAGUCUAGUCAACCUUUCACCUCCCCCACACACACUUCAGUGAAGAACAUGUGGAGGCAUUCCUGUUGUCUGAACAUGUCAGUGCUGAUGUGCUAUUCCUUUCAAACCUGAGACAGACCAGAAGGCUGUCAUAAAACACACGAGCCAGUCCGCACGGGUGUGUGUUUCUCGAGGAAGAGCCGAGCAGACGGACUCACCGUACCCCCGAGAUAUCGUCAGACAGGAAGUGACCUCCCAGAGAAAGGGGCUUCCCCUUGGGUUGUAUUUCUCUCUUCCUCCCACCGACGCUCCCCGCUCUGCUACCAAGAUAUGUUCCAGCAGAUAUGCGUGAGAACGGUCGCCUUUGUCUCGCUGUUAUAGAAAACUCGUGAGCGUGUUCUCAGAUGUUCCUGCUCUCCCCACCUAUUCCACCUUCCUCAGGAUCCACUGAUUUCCCUCUUUCCUGUUCACUCUCUCUCUUUCUUAACAUUUUUUAAUCACAAUUGUCUAUUGUUUUGCUCAUUUAAAAUAUAUUUUUAAACAUUUUCUAAAUUCUUUUUUAUAUUUUUACAUUUUUUUGUUUUUGUGAAGCGCCUCGUGAUUUUUAUCUUGAGAGACUCUGUAGAAAUGAUAAUUUCUUCUUCUUUAUUGCAGGAGGAUGUUUUUUUAGCCACGCUCCAGCUGGUGAACAUCAGUCACAACACUGAUGUGCUAGAAAUAUAAAUUACUUAAAAUAAUUUGACAAAAGUGAUGCCAGCCAUUGGAUUUAAUGUACAAGGUAGGAAAUAUAUUUAAAAAACAGUUCAGUUUAACUCUGGAGUUGCAGUUUUGAUUCAUGCUGAAUAAAAAUAUUCAUAUUAAGGCUGAAAUGGUUAAAUAUUGACUUAUGCAGUCCUGAUGAAAAGGCUAAGACUACCAGAAAAAUGGUUAAAAUUCCUGUUCUGCGUGGUUUCAUCUUAACAAGGUUCCAAGUAGAACUUCAUCAUGCAACAACAGGAGAAAACAUUUUACCAGCACUGAGCUGGAAGGUCCAGUUAUCUGGCUGCCAAGACAACUGGAUGAUCCUGAACCCAGCUCAAGGCUGAUCUUGCACCACCUUACGCAACACCAAACAGGACAUUGAAAGAUGAAAGAGAGUUUGUAAAUGUGACCUUGAUGGCGCUGAUCAGUGACAAGUAGUCGUGAUAUGCUGACAUCUGUGCAAAGUCCUGAAAGCUAAAUUUGUAUGGAGACCAAAGAGCUGAGAGGACCGGGACAUCGUAUCUCUCAAUCAGUGAGAUCACGGAUACAAGUUUUCUCUGCAGGGAGACCGGACUCUCCCUUAGAGAUCGGGUGAGAAGCUCGGUCAUCUGGCAGGGGCUCAGAGUAGACCCGAUGCUCCUCCACGUGAGAGGAGCCAGUUGAGGUGGUCUUGGCAUCUAGUUAGGAUGCCUCCUGGACGCUUCCCUGGUGAGAUUUUCUAAGCACAUCCAACCAGGAAGAAACCUAAAGGAAGACCCAGGACACGCUGGUGGGACGAUGUCUCUCGGCUGACCGGGGAACACCUUGGGGUUCCCCCGGAGGAGCUGGCCCAGGCUGGAGAGAGGGAAGUCUGGGUCUCUGCCUAGGCCGCUGCACCUGCAACCCGGAUCCUGAUAAGUGGACGAUAAUGGAUGGAUGUACUAAACAAAUAUCCUUAUAUUUAAAACACACUCUACUGGAUAAAGUCAGCACUUGUACAAGGAUUUAUGGGUAUUGUAGGUUUUUCUCAUCUUUCAUUUCUGGAAACAAUCCAUUUACUUUUUUCAAAAAAUUCUCAGCAUUUCCUUAUCAACACAUUUAUAAAGCAGCUAACAUUUUUACUUUUACCAUCUAUUACUGAUUGUUUCAGCAGGUGUCAGGUGCAUUUAUACUGAGUGUGUCUGGCUCGAUGGCUCCCUCUCCUUCAAGCCCCAUAAUGAUUAUAACAGGAAGAAACUCAAACUCAGGCUGGGUUUCUUUUUUCAAAAUAAACUGUGUUUUUCUUAAAAAUAAACGACUAGUUAUAACAUUUGUAACUAGUCGCAUUGUUGCAACAGUUCUGUCUAUUCUGGAUCAUGGAGAACUUUUGUAUAUGAAUGCCUCAGCUCAGUGUCUUGGUAAGAGUGAUGUAGUUUACCAUGCCUCGCUGAGGUUUAUUACUAACUGUAGACCACUGACCCAUCUUUGUGAAUUGUAUUAUCCAGUGGGAUGGCCUUCUCUGCCCACCAGGAGGUUGGGACAUUGGUACACCUUCAUUUAUAAGGCCACUGGAUUACUACCCGACUAUAUCUGUAAAUUAAUCUCACAGAGAAGAAAAAGAAAGAAAGAAAGAAAGAAAGAAAGAAAGACAACAAUAUUUUCUAUAGCGCCUCUCAAGAUAAAAAUCACGAGGCACUUCACAAAAAAUAAAAUAAUCAUAACAAUAAUUUAAGGAUAGAAAAGAUGUCAAAAAUUAUUCAAAACAUGUUUAAAAUGAAUAAGGAGAGCGUGGUGAUGAAGGUCACACAAAAGCCAGCCUGAACAGGUGAGACUUCAGCUGCUUUUUAAAGGAGACCACUGAGUCCACUGAUCUCAGGCUCAGGGGGAGAGAGUUCUAGAGUCUGGGGGCCACAGCAGCAGAUGAUCUGUCACCUUUGGUCUUUAGCCUGGUGCGCUGCACAACCAAUAGGCUUUGAUCACUGGACCUCAGGGACCUGCUGGAGGUGUAGGGACUGAGAAGAUCACCAAUGUAUGAUGGUGCUUGUCAUACGUCGGUGAUAAGUGUAACGUCUUACAGUCUGCAUGCAAAUGAUCAGUUGUUACUUUGUGUUCCGUUUGCUCGCACCAAACUGGGCAAAAGGGCUUUUGUUCACUCUGCUCCUUCUGCAUGGAGCAGGCUGCAGGAAAACUGGAAAUUAACUGAGUUUACCUCCUUGACUACAUUUAAAACCAGACUGAGAGCCCUUGAGAUGGGUUCCCUGUGUUGUAACUGCCUUCUAUAAUUUUGUACAUAACAUGUCUGUGUAACUGAGAAAUGUUGUAACUGUAACUUUUGCUGCCUCUUGGCCAGGACUUCCUUGAAAAUGGGGUUUUUAUAUCAAUAGGAGCUUCCUGGUUAAAUAAAGAAUAAAUAACAAUGACCUGAACAGCACCUUUCUGAUUAUGAGGACUCCAAAGCACUUUGCACUACAGUGAUUCAUUCUUCCAUUCACACGCUGAUGGUGAUGAGCUACACCAUAGCCACAGCUGUCGUAUUCACAUUUUUACUGAAAGCUCUUAAUAGAAAACAUAUUGCAAAUAUUCUCUUCCUCAUUCCUCAAAAAAACUCCACAACAACCAGGAAUCACGCCGGUCAGCUUAUGAGGGAGGUUUCGCUCAUCCAGGGUCUUUCCUGGUCGAGUCAAAUAGUUUAAUGUUCCUUUUAAAGGUGACAGUAGAGAUCUCAUGCAGGGUCUGAUCUUUGCCAACAUGGUUUCUAACAGGAGUUUUUCCAAAUAAACUCCUGUUUCAAAUAAAAGUAGCUGAAACGGAUCUGCGUCUUCUUCAGACGUCAGGCUCUGCCACAACGAGCUAAACACUGAUUCUUCCUUCCUUUGUCCUAAGUGAUCUACCUCAUGUUUGCAGUAAGAAUGCGCAGAUGUUUUACCCAAAGCUCCCCGUAGCUACAGGUCUGACAAACAUUCCUCUGUCUGUGAAAUUAUAAUUCACAUGCAUGCCCAAGUAACCCAGAAUUAAGAUCUGGCAACCUCUCACUCAGUCUGACGGGAAUUCUUCAUUUGCAAAUGUGAAGCGUGUGUGCUCCGUGUAGUCCCUGCAGCAACGCGACACAUUAAUGAGGGAGUAGAAAUUAGAUUCAGGCUUCGGAGGGAUGAGUCAUGCAGAGGUGGGGGGGCUUUGCUCAGCAGAUCACAACAUUUUCAGGUUUUUAGGGAGUGUCGGUUAUAAAGUGAUACAUGCAAGUGGAGGCACAUAAAGAAUUUAGAGUUUCUUUUUCUAUGUAUUUAUUUUGAAAUUUGCACUGUUUGAAUGACUGGUCAUUCAAAUUGACUGAAUGGUCAAAAAGGUUGACAAAAUAAAUAUUCAGAUUCAAAUCCAAUAUUCAAAGUUGAAUCAGAAUGCCAAUGGUUUUGAUUACAGUUAGACUUUCAACCAACAGAGCUGUAAAACAAGAGGAUCCUAAAUCCUAAAAGCAGAGACCUCUACCAUGAACCAGGUCAUUAUAAAACAGGGGUGUCAAAUAUGCGGCCCGCGGGCCGGAUCCGGCCCACAAACGGGUUGCAUCCGGCCCGCGAGAUGGUUGUGUAAACUUUAUUUUCAUACUUUACAAUGUAGAGUAAAAAUAAACGUAUCAUUGUGAGCUAAUUUUCUCUGUAAUGAGUAUAAAUAAGACAAAGCUGCGCUCAAGGCUCACUCAAGAACUUGAAUCACAUCCUGAAGUUGGCCGCCACUCAGGAUGUGACUUCUGAUAUUGAUGUGCUGGUGAAAGCUAAAAGAUGUAAAGUAAAAUGAGUCAAAUAUACUUUAAGUGCUGCAUGAAACUGAUCUAGCCAUGUGAUCUGUAAGCUCUUUGAAUCACUAAGGAAUGUUUUUUUUAUUUUUUCAAAUUUUCAAGUACACUUCAGGUGUUGUACUUGUACUAUUUUGGAUACACUGUCCUCAGGCUCCAGAUUUGUUUUAUAUUGAUUGUACUAAAACAAAGAAAACAAUCUGAAGUUGUUUUUGAUUUACCGGUCCGGCCCACUUGGGACUAGAUUUCCCUCAAUUGGGCCAUUCCCUUCUGUACCUGGUUGGCCCAGGCCGGGCAGCCCCAGCCGGCCCAAGUGAUUCCUCCCUUUCCUCACGUCCCUGCUCUGGAAUGCGGACGUGACUGAGCAUGCGGGCGGUCCCCAGAAAUUGGCGGGAGAAAUUGGCGCUAAGAUGUCGGUGAUGUCAUGUAUCAGCGACCAUUUGAGCCGCCCUGUGUUGAUACGUGUGUAGUGUUGUAAACAAUGGAGAACUUCGUGGUGUUAUUUUUCAUGGUUCUGCGCUUGUGGCUAGUUUUGGGGCCCAGACUCCGCGCUAGACAGGCCGAAAGGCGUCGGCUUCGCCAGCUGAAGAGGGAUGGGAGGAGGAUUAAAUCUGCAAAGCGCCGCCAAGUCAUACUGGAAGCCAUUCUGAAGCAGAACAACACAUUGCUGCUAUUACGACAGCGCAGACAACGCAUCCUGAUGGCUAUUUUGGAAGGCUCCAGCCGCAGACGCGCAUUCUGGUCACUCAGCCGAUCCUCUGACUGGUGGGAUAAUUACGUGCCUCGUUACACGGAAGCGCAGUGGUUGAAGCGCUUCAGAAUGUCUGAGGAUACAUUCAUUUUCUUGUGCAACAAACUGCGGCCAGCAUUGCAGCGAAAAUACUUUCUUCCGUGCGUGCCUCUGAGGAAGAUUGCAGCUAUUGCUUUAUGGAAAUUUGCCACAGGUUUAGAUCACAGACCCAUCAGUGUUUUGUUUGGUGUUGGCAUCUCAACUGUUGCCAAGUGUGUGAAGGACGUCUGUGCUGCUGCAGAAGCAUUGCUGUGGCCAGGACUGAUUCAUUUACCCGAUGAGGGUAAAUUUCAGGAGAUAGCGUCUUAUUUUGAGAGCAGGUGGAGGUUGCCACAGCGUGUGGGUGCUAUUGAUGGCUCACACAUCCCCAUCAUAGCACCCAGAAACUUUCACACAGACUAUUUCAACCGGAAAGGGUGGCACUCACUCAUCUUGCAAGCUGUGGUUGAUGGAAAGGGGCUGUUUUUGGAACGUUUUUGCAGGGCUUCCAGGGAGCAUGCAUGACGCGAGGGUACUGAGACUUUCCUCCAUCUGGGAUUUGGCAAGCCGUGGAAAUCUCUUCCCUGACCAUUCCAUCCAAAUUGCUGACAUUGACUUUGGAUACUGCAUCCUGGGUGACUCUUGCUUACCCGCUGCAAGACUGGCUUCUGAAACCAUUCACAGACACUGGGCGACUGACAGAGCAGCAACUUCUUUUUAACAAGAAGUUCAGCCGGGCACGUGUGGUGGCUGAAAAUGCCUUUGGUAGGCUGAAGGGAAGGUGGCGCUGCCUACUUAAAUGCAAUGACUAUGAUGUCAGUCUGGUGUGUUCCAUGAUUCUGACCUGCUGUGUCCUGCAUAAUCUGUGAGAGCCAUGGGGAGCAUUAUGACAAUGUGUGGACAACUGAAACAGAAUACCCUGAACCUGUGGCUGCACCACCACUACCGCCACUAAACACAGGAGAUGUGGGAGGGAAAGCAAAGCAUGAUGCUCUGAUGAUGCACCUUGUGGGCAGUAGUGAUUGAAUUACAUCCGACUGAAUGUUUUGCUCAAAUAGUUUUAUCCACUCGGCAAAUGUUUGACCUUUGAACUUCUUUUAUGCACCACCACCUAAAAACUGUAAGCAUGAGCAAAUAUAUUUCAUGAGUUUGUAUUAAGUCAAGUGUGGACUGUACACAUUUGAGCUUCUGAUACUUCUAAACACGCCUGCUGACAAAAAUAAAAGAACUGCCAUUUUUUUUCAAUUCAAAUAAAUUAUAUGGACAUCAUGUCCAGAUUAAUGCAGACCAGCUAGAUAAAGCUGACUUAAGCAAUUGUUAUAUGCACAUCCAAGGCUUAGCCAUGUCUCAAGUCUGGUUAUUAAGGCAAGUUGAGAUAAAUAUUUGGACUCUUUACAUUGAUGCCUGACUUACAAAAGUUCUUAUUAGCCAAGUGUGGAGUGCACAUUUGAGCUUCUGAUCCUUCUCAACACUCCUGCUGACAUAUAACCUGAUCUUGUCUACAUUGACACCUACCUGGUAUUUAUUCCUAUAUAAAUCUCAAAGUUGAAUAAAGCAAAUAUCCAAGGCUGGUGUAUGCUAUUUUAGCACAAACAUUUUCAUAUUGAAACUAUAGUUGGACCCUUCCACUUCACAUUCUGUGAAAUGGACACCGUGAUGGAUUACACGUUGCAUUGUCAAACACUUUAUUGCACCUCUAUUUAAUAACAAAAAUAA